AGUACUACACCCGUCAGGCCCGUUACCUCCGCCGCCGCGACAGCGAGCAAUCGAUGGCGAUCGCCGCCGCUCGCCGGCGCCUGUGGCGCGGGAUGGGGACUGCGGCCGCCGCGGCGGUAUCGGGGACGGACGUCGCUCUGCUCCAUCGCUUGGUGCCGGAGCCGGAGUGCCGCGUGAAGGCUCACAUGGAGGAGGCUAGUUCCUCGGCGCCGCACCGCGACGGCGCCUCCUGGGAGCCCCUCGCCGCCGCCCUCCUCCGCGUUUCCUCUCCGGCCAAGGCGCACCUCAAGGAAGUUUCCGUCCUCCCCAUGGUCAGAACUCAGAACGCGACCUGCGAGGCCGCGAUGCAUAUCGCUAGCAUUUUUAGCCUUGCAAUAGCGCCUAUUAUCAUGUGAGCUUAUGAUACAUGGUUAUAUCAUGUACUGAGCUAACUUUUCAAAUGUCGACAUGAUCAGUGGGUUUGUAAAUACACUGGUGCAAGAUUCUUUUGCUUGAUGAAUCUUGCCAGUUCGUUAUUCGUUAUGAGAUUUUUCUGCAUCUGAAAUCAGAGAUCUUUUAUACUACGAAUUAACAUGGUGUGAAAGGCGAACAUUGAAUUAGGUAUUGGAAUGGAAGCUAGAGAAGCUAAUGAUGGAAGGAAUUCAUGAUUGCGAGCCCUACUCGAAGAUAAUCCGUUUCUGUGGAGAAACAAGGAAUGCAGCACUUGCAAUGAGAGUAUUUGAAUGCGUAGAGGCUCACGGGAUUUGGCUCAACACUGUCAUUUUCAAUGUCGUUGCUAAUGCUUUCUUGUCCACCGGAGAUCUCCUUUCUGCAAUGACCUUGUAUGAGGCUAUGGAAGGCAUGGAGGACUGGAAGCCUGAUUCCGCUACAUAUAAUGCAUUCAUAUCUGCCAUAUCUGCACUUCCGCUGCUCGGAAGUGGCCAUGCAAUGAUGAGCUGGUAUUUAGCUGCAAAGAAUGCAGGGUUUACUCCAUGUAUUCUUGCUUUUGAAUCUUUGGUCACAGGGUUUGUUAGGUUGAACAUGCUAGAUGAUGCUGAGAAGGUGUUUGAAGAAAUGAUUUCCUUUGCAAUUAAGCCAAACUUUGCUAUUUUGGAGGCCAAGCUUGAGAUGCUUUCUAGAAGAAAGGAGGCCAACAUGGUAAGAGAUUUUCUAAGAAGCGUGAAUGAUUGCAAUUGGGAGUUGAAUGAAGCUACAGUCGAGAGGUUAUGAAGAAUAUGCCUGGAUGCAGGUCAGGUAAAGUUGAUGAAAUGGAGCAUCUGCUUGUCCUCAUACAAAAGGGAGCCCACUGGAGUUCUGAAACAGAGCUGCACUGUGGAAUUAUCAGAUUCUAUGCUAAGGCAGAUCAAUUGGCAGAUAUGGAGCAUGCAAUUUGCUGGAUGUUGGAUAAUGGUGUGAUGUUUAUGUGCCCAGAGGAUGUUGAGGUCAUUAUCUGUUCUUAUUUUCGUCACAAGGACUUUGAUAGAUUGGAUUUCUUCUUAAACCUCAUCCGAAGCUUGUUCAAGCUCACCGGGUCUACUUAUGAUAUAUUGGUUGCUGGAUAUCGGAGGUUUGAUUUACAGGAAAGACUUAAUUCAACCACAAAUGAUACGAGGGAAGGUGGGUUUGCAUGAGCCCACGAAGAACUAUGUAUGCACAAUGACUUCCUACAUUAAUAUUUCCAGAAGCCUUAAGCUCAUCGAGCCAGCAAAAUGAAAUCCUGCGUUAAAUGUUGUAGCAAACAAUUCAUUUCGGUUCUUUGACCAGUUCUAUGUUUGACAUAGGAACGAUCUCAGAUGCAGAUAGAGUAUCAUGCCAGAUUAUUGAUGUUGCAUGUGUGCAAAGAAGCAUGAAGUUACCUGGAUGUUAUGCUUGGUAUGGCACAGUCAAGACUCUACUGAUCUUAGAGGCCGCUGGGGUUGCAGAAGGUGUUACUUAGAAAUAAGAUCAUGGAAGGUAUAUUGAGAGUUGAUAUGAAUAAUUAUAGCUACCUGACAUGUCAUUUAGGUAUGUAUGUGAUAUCUAGCUGUUCCAGGUGUUAGCAUGUCUCACCGUUUUAGGCAUGAAGUUCUUGCACCGACCUUUCAUGUAUUUAAGAAAUAGUUUGAGAUUUGAUUGAAGUAGCAUGCCUUUCAAAAUCAUAUUAUGAAA